UACUCCAAACCAGAACAAAAACGCGAACGCAGAAUUGUAAACCUGAAUAUUGCAAAUAAUCCAAAUAAUCAAACAACCCGCAAAAAUAAUUAAUUAAAAAUGACUGGUCGUGGCAAGGGGGGCAAGGGGAAGCUGGUGCGCGAGAAUGCGACUGACGAUAGAGACGAUUUUCUCGUUUAUGCAGCCGAGAAGAUAAUCCAAAAACGCGUUAGAAAGGGCACCGUGGAGUACCGAGUAAAGUGGAAGGGCUGGAACCAGCGCUACAACACCUGGGAACCGGAGGUUAACAUAUUGGAUCGCCGCCUGAUCGACAUCUACGAGCAGAGCAACAAAUCCUCGGGAACACCCUCCAAGCGGGGACUCAAAAAGAAGGAGAAGGAACCCGAUCCGGAGCCGGAAUCCGAGGAGGAUGAGUACACCUUCACUGGCGACGAUGUGGACACCAAUCAGGCAAGCACAUCAACGGCCUGCCAGGAUACUGACUCGAAAAAGGACAAGAAACACCACCAGCAUCAUCAUCACCACCACCAUCAUCACAUCAAGUCAGAACGCACCGGACGGCGCUCGGAAUCUCCGCUGACCCACCAUCAUCAUCAUCACCAUCAUGAAUCGAAGCGGCAGCGCAUGGACCACAGCUCCUCUUCAAACAGCAGCUCCACGCACAACUUUGUCCCUGAGCCGGACACCAAUUCCUCUAGCUCUGAAGAUCAGCCUUUGAUUGGCACUAAGCGCAAAGCCGAGGUGCUCAAGGAGUCGGGCAAGAUUGGUGUAACGAUCAAAACCUCUCCUGAUGGUCCUACCCUGAAGCCGCAGCCAACCCAACCGCCAGCGCCUGUCCAGCAGCAGCAACAGCAGCCUACCCAGGAUCAACAGCAGGCGGAGAAAAUAGCCAGUGAGGCUGGCACACCGCUGAAAUCCGAGCUGCACGUAACACCGUUGGUCAUUGAAGCCCCCUCGAACACGCCGGCCGAGUCUGGAGCCGAGGAAGAGGAAGUGGCAGGCGAGGAGGGAAACAAACAAGCAGCACACGCCCCUCCCGACAACAACAAUAUACCAAAGCCGUGCAACAACCUGGCUAUCAACCAGAAACAGCCGCUGACUCCCCUUUCGCCGCGAGCCCUGCCACCGCGCUUCUGGCUGCCGGCAAAGUGCAACAUAUCGAAUCGAGUGGUCAUAACAGAUGUCACCGUCAACCUGGAGACCGUCACCAUACGCGAGUGCAAGACGGAGCGGGGAUUUUUUCGCGAACGCGACAUGAAAGGCGACUCGUCGCCAGUGGCUUGAGCUACGGCCCAAACAAAGGGCUCAAAAACGAGACGGAAACCUGAAACAAUUGUAAAUAAACAAACCAAAAGGGAGGAAAGUUGAGAGGAGCACUAACAAAUCCACACUAGAUGUUGCUAAGCAUUUUCUCUUUAAGACCUAACUUAUUUAUUGUAUUUAUUUUUAGCGUAGUUAUUAGUUUGUUGUUUUACUACAAUGUUUAAUGUGCAAGAGUAACUUGGGCAAGCGCAACUCGCUUAUUAACUAAAGGAAUGAUUUUUUGUUUAACUGUUCACCAUUCAAUUUGAAAAAAAAAACUAUUUUAUAUUCCCAUCGGCAAUAUUUUAUUCAUAUAAAAUAAGAGCAAACUUUUUUUAGUUUAUGCAAUAUCGCCCUUUUGGCGAAUGAAGAUCGGCCUUUUAGAGAAUGAACGAAAUGAUGCGUUUGCUCAACUUACCACUGCAAUAGAUUGUAAAAACUGCAGCAUAGGUACAUAUGUAUGUCGUACAUAUAUUUAUUUACCACAUAUUGUAUAUUUUUCUAUAACAAUUUGAAUCUGAUUGAGAACAACACAAGACACUCAUGCAACAAAACUCCAUGCGAAACCGAAGCAAUUGUUAAUUACGCUUGAUAUAAAUACAAUUAUACACAACUGAAGAAGCAUAUAUUCGAGUAUGUCAAAAUAUUUGCCAAGCUGGCUAUCCCAAUGUUGUAAUUGUUUAAUAUUAUAUUUCCUCGCGCCGACUGAUUUUACAAAAGAAAACCCCAAAAAGAUAUAUAUGUAGUUUGAUAGUUAUUUUUAGAACUUAGCUAACCACAAUCUCCACUUAAUAUUUAUUUUAAAAUGUUUUACUUUUAGCAGCCAAGGCUCAAGUGCUGACAUUAUGCGUUCAAUAAUUGUGCAGUGCACAAAAAUUCUUAAAUUGAACCCAUAUACUCAAUACUUAGCUUCUAUGAUUAUAACACUAUUUUUUUAUUGCUUUACAAAAGGAAGUCACGUGGAAACUGUUUGGAAUUAAUAAAUCCUGUUUAUUUUCCAUGGUUCCGGUGAACACAUUUGUCUAAGCUAUUUAUUGGCUAGUUUUAGUUACGGCGCCAAUUCCACAAAAAAAAGAACUCAAAGCAUAUAUUUUGAAGUUUGUAAUGUAGUGUUUAACUUUAAUGUUAUUGCCGGUAUCAAUUGUAAAUAAUAAAUUAAAUAGAAGCAA